GGCCACGAAUGUUCUAGAAAGGCUCAAGAAUCACGCACUUAUCACUGAAGAAGAAAAAGAACAGAUUGAUUUAGAAUACAAGAGGUACAGGAUCCACGAUGCGUUGCUGGCUCUUGCUUUGCACAUCCUGGAACGAGAAGGCCCCAAGUGUUAUUUCAAGGCUGGGCAGUCGCAGAUGAGGGAUGUGGGGGACGCCUUCACGAGUAACUACAGCAGGAUUUCACUGUUUGGGUGUCGAAUUUCGGAAAUCCCUCUACUUAAGAAGAACAGGGUCAAAGUUUCCAGCACCACUUGCCUGCUCUUGGAUUAUAAUCGCAAUCUCACUGCAUUGCCAAGCCUCUCUCAUUUCAGAAGCUUGAAGGUUUUGUGCCUGAGCCACACUGGGGUGGUAAGUUUGCCACAUAGCAUUGGACAGCUCAAGACUCUGGAGACUCUGGAUUUGUCUUCGAGUAGGUCACUCCAAAGCAUCCCAGAUUCACUGGGCAACUUGGCGAAUUUAUCAUAUUUGAACCUGGAAGACUGCAGGAAACUCAAGUCUUUCCCUGUGGAUGCUUUGCUCAAACUCACCAAGCUGGUCUACUUAAACGGAAGGGGAUGUUGGGGAAUGUGGACAUGCCACAGGCUGCAUCAUCGGCUUUUCAAACAGAAGAAAUGCUUGAACAGGAGGUUUGGAAGAUUCUAUCUGGAUGGGAUGUUUCAGGCAUUGACAGAGUUGGCGGUGUUGAUUAUUGAUACAGGGUUGGCUGUGGAUCUACCAGCAAGCAUAGGCAAACUGGCCCAUUUGAAACAGUUGGAAAUACAUGGUCAAACAGGGGGAACAUGUGAGAGCUUUAAGGGCUUGCCCGACCUUGAGAUUUUGAGACUGGAGGGAUUGGAGCUUCCAUUGACCUCAGACUGGGACUGGAGCAGAUUUCCGAGGUUGAGAACUUUGGAAGUGAGCUGCUUUGGGAAAAGUGGCUUUAAAGUAACCUCCAACAUGGAGAACUUGCAAGAAUUGGUUAUUGAGGACAAUGACCACCUUGAGGGGCUUCCUUUCUUAACACAGGAAAUGUUUCCCAUGCUGACAAAACUCUGCCUUUGGGGAUGCCAAAAGUUGAUUGGGGUGCCCACCAUCUCUCAACUGGCAUCACUCAAGGUCCUCGACAUCAACACCUGUCCCUCCUUGAAGGACCUCUCCAUCUCGUUCCUUCCAAAUCUAGAGGCAGUUAAUCUAUAUUGCUGCGACGAUGUGACCACCAUCAACAUAUCCGAGUGCCCAUCACUGACAGUUGUUCGACUUGAGUCCUUUCGCAUGCAUGCCCGUGUUGUUGCAUUCGGUGGCAACUUCCCACGACUUCAAGCAAUAAUCCUUGGUGGAUUUGAACAGCUUCCAGACUCUCUAGGUGCCAUGGAUGCCUUCCCACAGCUGACGUGGCUGCAAAUUAGCAGCUGUGGUAUUGACCAACUACCAGAAUGGUUCGCAUCACUCACAACGUUGAGAACUCUGGAAUUAUGUUCUUUGAAGAACUUGGAUGUGAUACCCGAUGGUGUUGCAAGGCUUCCUUUGCUAAGGGAGCUUGAUCUGAGAGGUUGCAAGAAGAUCAACAUGUUACCUUUUGCAGAUUCUGAAGACAGCUCCUUCUAUCCAUCCUUGGAGAACUUAUGCUUGAUAGACACAUCCGUCUCUCAAAAGCACCUCUCGGAACACCUUCGAAAAAUUCCAAAGCUUUCAUGGGAAUUAUGAGGACCUCUGCAAUAACCAAAUCUCAAAUUAACGAAGCUUUGGAACAAUGCAGAGAGUCCAUCUUUCAUGAUCAGUGUCAUGUUGGCAGUACUCCAGUUCAACCUGGAAAACGAACAGACAGAAUCAUAGUACCAAAGCAACAAGCCUCGCUUUACCUCGAGCAAACAAACUAGCACCCGUAAAGAGAUCACGCACAGCUUCGCACGAGAAGAAAUAUGAAUCAAGACGGCAAUAGCUUUGGUCUCUGCUUGAAACAUGAGCAUCGUCAUGUCAUACAAAUCUGGCCAUCUUGAGAGUGCUCCACCGGGUAGAUGCCAAGAAGAGCAUCUCGCUCGCGAUCUGACGAAGCCGAGCGUGGUAUUCCGCCGAGGAAUCCACCGCUGCGCGGCCUGGCGGCUGCUGCUGCUGCUGUUGCUGGAUGCUGCUGGCGAUAUCCACGCAGGUGUUCCAGAUCCGGUAGCUCAGCUUCCAGAUUUGCAGCCGUUGCUCCUCGGAGAGCUCGGAUUUGAGGCCAAGCACGCAUUCUUGGAGUUCGGAGAAGUCUGCUCGAUGUUGCAAACGAGGCGCUCGAUUCUCCGCAGCGGAUUCACAGUAGCCUCAUCCCUGGAUGAGUAUCGUGAGAGGAAGCGAUCGCCGCGUAGCCCUAGAAUAUUUUCCCUUUCCUCUUUGUUAGGGCUCGGGAAUCGAUCGGUGCGCCAUGGGACAGCAAUGAAGGCGUGGAAGGUAUGGAAUCUCUCGUAGUUGCCGCUUCACAGCUUUAGCUUUGAGCAAGAUUUUCCGCGAGAGGUACGUUCGCUAAACACGCGACGGUAUCGACAUGCUCUCUUCAGCGGCAUCGUCACACUCAUUAUGGGAGGGUCCUUCAUCCUGAUUUUGAUCUUUUUUCUUCAGCUUGCAGAGCGGUCCUUCUCAAAUGCAUUCAGUACAACAGGAAUUGUCUGCGGCUUCCUGAUAAUGCUCGUUGUGGCCUCGGCAAAUACUUACACUUGUGAUCUGCUUCUCAGACAAGCUUAUUCUCGAUUACGAGUCUCUUGCUUUCCACAUUGGUGGGAAGUGGUGGAAGCUUGCUACCGAAAUUAGCAUAGUGAUUCUGCUCAUUGGGACCAUUGUAGGCAGCAUUCAACAAGGUAGUGAAGCUGCUGUCAUCGGGCAUUGAAAACAUCACUUCCAAUGCUAACAGGUAGCAGGCGUGUGCUUAUGAUCCUGUCCGUCGUCUUCAUUGUCGCUCCACUUUGCCUGGUGGAAAAAAUGAGACAGGAACAUCGAUUGUCAUCUGGCUAGAAACUUUCAGUAUUUUUACCUUGAUUGACAGGCUGACCACCAAUAUUCUAUUGACCGCAACCACGACAUUCUUUUCUUACCCUCUUAUCGUUGGGAAUUCCAGAGACAAUCAGCUAUCGAAAGAACGCAGAGAAAAAAUCUAAAGGACCAUUUGGACAGUCCCGGGAGGAGGAGACUCUGGAUGAAAUUUCAAUCGCAGGGAGAUUUAAACAGACAGGGAUGGAACUCUGAUGGAAAGUCUUUUUCAGGAAUCGUUUUCAUGGGUGCAGAAUGGAAAUGACUGCGAAAAGAGGAAGAAAUGUUUCAAUCCACUUCGCCUUGACCUUCCUAGUUCUUGUCCUUUGAACUCCUUUUCGAGGCUGUCCUGGGCCUGACCAGAUGCUCAGGUGUAAACCAGAGCAACGAAUCGCCACGACUCAUGUUACGUAGCA